UUAUGAUUAGGAUAGAAUAGAUUAAAACCAAUUCACGAAUAAUGUUGAUAGCGGCAAAUGCUUAGUAAAAAGCUUUUAACUGUCAAUCCUUUUUUCAGCGGACUUCCCAACUUUCUCACUCACUACAAUAUACCACUUCUUUCCCAGAAAACAAUUGUCACUAAUUAAGCUCAUUCUUCUUCUGGGGUUUAUUCGUUUCUCAUAGAAUAAUAAUAAUCUUUCAUUUGGGUAAUUCCUCUCCUCGCCCUUUCACUAUUUUAGAUGAACACAACUUGAUUUUACGCAACUGAAUUCCGAUAAAGAUGCAAGCCUCAACAUAUUCUGCAGUCAAAGGAAGAGUAGGCUUUGGGGCUGAACACCAGAGAAGGGUAUCGCUGGGUCUCGGUGAAUCUACGAGUAGAAGAAGAGUUUCAAUGUUAAGAAGCCAAUACAUGACAGAUAGAAGUAGUUGCUGUGGUGGGCUGAGCUUGAAUUCUGCGACUAUGGGAAUUGAACUGGGGCGAGCCAGAAUGGGCGUUGAUGGCAUUUUUGGGUCUUCGGCAAAAUCCAGAUCAGUCAAAGCUCAGGCUUCUGAAGAAGACCUUGAGGCUUCUGUGCCUGUGAUUCCUUCUACCCAACAUGGCAAAUCUUCUGGAACAGUUUUACCAUUUGUUGGUGUUGCUUGUCUUGGAGCCAUUUUGUUUGGUUAUCAUCUGGGGGUGGUAAAUGGUGCCCUUGAGUAUCUCUCCAAGGAUCUUGGAAUUGCAGAAAAUGCUGUAGUGCAAGGGUGGAUUGUGAGCACACUUCUUGCUGGUGCAACUGUUGGAUCAUUCACCGGUGGAGCUUUGGCUGACAAGUUUGGAAGGACUAGAACAUUUCAGUUAGAUGCAAUCCCGCUCACCAUUGGAGCAUUUCUUUGUGCCACAGCCCAGAGUGUGCAGACGAUGAUAAUUGGUCGUUUACUUGCUGGCAUCGGUAUUGGCAUCUCUUCUGCCAUUGUUCCACUUUACAUAUCUGAGAUUUCACCAACUGAAAUUCGUGGCGCACUUGGAUCUGUAAACCAACUUUUUAUAUGUAUAGGCAUCCUUGCAGCACUGGUGGCUGGUUUACCUUUAGCAGCCAAUCCUUUAUGGUGGAGGACAAUGUUUGGAAUUUCAGCUAUACCCUCUAUUCUACUGGCAGUAGGAAUGUUUUUUGCUCCAGAAAGUCCUCGAUGGCUUUUUCAGCAAGGGAAAAUUCCUCAAGCUGAAAAAGCUAUCAAAACAUUAUACGGAAAAGAGAGAGUAGCUGAGGUUAUUGGAGAUUUAUCAGCUGGAAGCCAAGGCUCUACUGAACCUGACGCAGGCUGGUUUGAUCUAUUUAGUACCCGCUAUUGGAAAGUUGUUAGCGUUGGUGCAGCACUUUUCUUGUUUCAACAGUUGGCUGGGAUCAAUGCCGUUGUAUACUAUUCGACUUCUGUAUUCCGCAGUGCAGGAAUUGCCUCUGAUGUUGCAGCAAGUGCUCUUGUUGGAGCUGCAAAUGUCUUUGGCACAGCUGUGGCAUCAUCCUUGAUGGAUAGACAAGGAAGAAAAAGUCUUCUAAUCACAAGCUUUGGUGGAAUGGCUGCUUCCAUGAUGCUGCUUUCUCUGUCCUUUACAUGGAAGGUUCUGGCACCAUAUUCUGGCCCCCUUGCUGUUAUUGGGACGGUUCUAUAUGUCUUGUCGUUUUCACUUGGUGCUGGUCCUGUGCCUGCUCUUCUUCUUCCAGAGAUAUUUGCUUCAAGAAUCAGAGCAAAAGCAGUUGCUUUGUCAUUAGGAAUGCAUUGGAUAUCGAACUUCGUGAUCGGUCUCUAUUUCUUGAGUGUUGUAAACAAGUUCGGUAUAAGCUCAGUGUAUUUGGGCUUCUCUGCUGUCUGUCUUCUCGCUGUCUUGUACAUAUCUGGUAAUGUUGUUGAAACAAAAGGCAGAUCACUGGAAGAGAUAGAGCGAGCUCUUAACCCAGCAAUUUGAGUUUAACGGCAACAAAUAUCACUGCAGUUAUGGAUAUUUAUUUCAGGGCAAAAGCCAUUGUUCUUCACGGACCUAAUAGAGGACUAUUUAGCUCUCACCACUUCUUUUUUUCUUUUCCGAUUCCUUUUGAGAUGAUGUUAGGCAAUUGUCUGUAUAGGUCGAGUUUUGGACAAGAACUCUUUCCAGCAUGAAAUUUCAAUGGAACUUGAAAUGUCAGACUUGAUAAGCUUUGGAUAUAAUAAUUUAGCUUGUCUAA